AUGAGCAGCGCCGCGAGCGCCAGACACCUCGCCGCUGUAGGGGGCGACGCUGAGAACCUCCAGGAAGGGUUAGGGAGCCGCGGCCAAACCGCUGGCGCCGGCAUCACAUGCCGGCAAUCUGGCCGGCGAGGUGGAGGCGGAGGAGGAGGGGCGGAGGAGGAGGGGCGGGAUCAGAGCGCUGCGCUGGAGAGCUCCCAGGGAGCCCCCCAGUCCUGGAGCAGCCGCUGCCCUCCCCCCCUGGAUGAGGGCGAGCGCCGUGUCUCUCAGACCCUGUACGACACCCUACUGGCGCUGGGCCACACGCCCGUCACCAUGCCAACGCCACGCCCUCCCAUGGUGGGCCGCAUGGGUGACUUCCAGUUAUCCCCAACAGUGAACAUGCCCCGGGAUGACACUGUCAUGAUCGAAGAUGAUAGGCCGCCCGUUCUGCCUGCACACAUGUCCGACCAAUCGUCUUCCAGCUCCCAUGAUGACAUGGGUUUCGUGGGCGGGGCCCCGCUGACUUGGGCCCCAGACAUACCAGAUCACAACGAAUGCUCCCUCAGUCCGGACACCGACCCUGACGCCUCGUUCCUCCGCGAGGGCUUCGGACGCCAGAGCGUGUCGGAGAAACGCACCAAGCAGUUUGGAGACGCCAGUCAGCUGGAGAUCAUCCAGACCCGCAAGUCCAAGAGCAUGGACCUGGGAUCCAGGCCAAGAGCUUGGAGCUCCGGGAGAAGCAGGGCCAGGGAGCGGGACUACGCAGAGAUCCAGGACGUGGAGCACACCUUCAGCUCUGAGGAGGAGCCCCUGUACGCUGGCAUAGCAUCCCUCAACUCCUCCAUGGACAGUAGCCAGCUGGAGAGCCUCCACAAUCACCACUACCACCUCCCCCUGGACCCCCAGGACCCCCAGCUUUCCCAGGGGGGGGACCAGACCCUGGAGGCUCUCUACGCCCGGGUCAACAAGCCUCCCCGCAACGGACGACCUCCCUCUGCCGACAGCAGUCACGUGGCGCCUAGCAACCAUGACCGGAUACACAUGCUGAGGCAUGAGUUCCAGGCUGCCAGACAGGAAGAGGAGGAGCCAGCUGAGAGGAGACACACCUACAGCUUCGACCUGCAGCAGAGACAGCAGUCCUGGAGCCACGCGGGCGGCUGCAUGCAGACGGGUCGUCACUCUGUGUCGGUGGAGUCUCAGGCCCAGAGACAGAGACAGGACGAGACAGAGGCCUUCCAUCAGGCCCAGAGACAGUACUGCUCACUGCCACGGCAGCCUCGCAAGAAUCCCAGCGUGGCGUCUCAGGACGCGUGGGAGCACGUCCCCCCGCCCAGCGAGGGCUUCCAGUCGGCCAAAGAGAACCCCCGCUACUCCAGCUACCAGGGCUCUCGCGGCCCCGCCCCCAGGAACGGGUACCUGGGCGCGGGCGGCGGCUUCAACGCCCGCGUGAUGCUGGAGACCCAGGAGCUGCUGAGGCAGGAGCAGAGACGCAGGGAGCAGGAAAGCCAGGCCAGGCUGCCGCCCACACAGGAGAGCCCCCCCAGCAGCUCCUUCCAGACCCAUAGGGACGCUACUCCAGCCCCAGGCUCUGCCCCGGGCCUGGUCCCACCAAAGGGCCCCUACAGGCAGGACGUGCCCCCCUCCCCGAAGCAGCUGGCUCGGCUCAGCAGGAUGCAGACGCCAGAGAAGGGACGGCCUUUCUACUCCUGAGGGUGUGGGAGGAUGAGAGGAGGAACGUUUGAUCGAUCCACAGCAAUAAUGGAAUAAUCUGAAUCUUCUGUGGUCUACGGGAUGAAUUUAUUGGAUGCAAGUAUUUUGAUGUCUGAAAUGUGGAGGGGGGGGUAGACUGCAUAUGUGUUGUGUCUAGACAUCAUCCAAACGAGUGCCUUGUGGUCUAAUGACUGUUGAGUCUGGUGUUGUCUAAUCUCUGUACCCAGAAGUUCAUUUUUAUAUGAAUUCAAAAGUCUUAAUUCGGAGAGUAGGCGUAGCUCCUCAUUAAGGUGUGUGUGUGUGUGUGUGUGUGUGUGUGUGUGUGUGUGUGUGUCAGAUGCUGACAGGCUGUGAGGUUAGGCUGUGUGGUUGACCUCAGGACCCAGAGCAGGGUUUGGACACAACUCCAGAGCUUACAAGAAAAUCCCUCUUGGUGUCAGAUGCCCUGCUUAGAAAUAGACCCUCUCUCUUCAUCUCUCAUUCCCUUUUUUCUUCACUCUUGCUUUCAUUUUCUCUCUCUUUUCUUUUAUCAUCUCCCUCCCAGCUUUCCCUCUAAUUUUCUCCUCCCAGUUUUAAACUGGCUCUUAUGAACACAAGCACACUCCCUUACUGUUACACAGUAUAUCUCUCCAUUCUCUCCUUCUGUUGUGGUUUAGAUAUCCUUUCACUGGGAACCCCCCUCUCCCUCUCUGGGGACCCCAUAGGGUCUAAACGAGGUCAGGUUUGGGUUAUUAAUUAAUGCACCUCAUGAAAAAUGGAUCUGUGUGGCGUCCCAAAGGAUUAGAGGGAGGGAGGGGGGGAGGGAGGGGGUGAAGACAGGCUGUGAGGUAGAACUGCCUUCUCUGGGCCAAGCCUGUGAGAUUGUAACCCAAGCCAGGCGUAGCUGACCAGACCUACUCCUUUCCACUGAAUAUUUUAUCGUGGAUCCUGGGAAGCCACAAAUGCCACACAGACACUCCCUCCCCCCUCCCACAUAGCCACAGGAACGUGACCAGUUUGACGACCUGCAGUCUCAAUGGGGUCAUUUGAUCAAAACAAGCACUUGUCACUCGUGUUUUAAAAGUCUUUAUAUUUUACCUCCUUUCUAUAGGUUUGAGAGAAUGUGUGUGUGUGUGUGUGUGUGCAUGUUAUUGACACUGUGUGUGUUGUAGUAUGUUAACAGUGCCUGUAAUAGGACCCUCCCAUGGCGGUGGAUAAGUAUUGGCGGCAGUGUAACAGAUUAGGUGAUGACACGGCACUUUGAGAGGAGAAGUCUGGGAAGAAUGACCUGCAAAUUGUCUUUUCCCCUGAACUACUCUCUCUUUCUCUCUCCCUCCCCUUCUCUCCCCUUUCCCAUUUCUAUCUCUCUUUUUUAUCUUUCCCCCCCUCACCUCCCUUUUGGGGUAGAGAGGUCUAAGCACGCAGAGACACAACAGCUGUUGUCGGUGCUUGAUAUUUCCACAUUCCAUGUGUCUCUGGUACGACAGGGAAGAGGUGCAAGUGCCAGCUAAAUCAGAGAGUGGGAUUCUGUAUGCAAAAUUGAAACGAUAGUAAUAAUUCCCCUCUUGCAUUAUUUGUGUUUUGUAAUAACAGUCCUUUUUAAGCAUGGCUUGUUUCCGAGACACAUGGAACAGCCCCACGGGGCAGCAGUGUGAAUCAUGAGACAAACGACCGUGUUGUGUUUUUAUAAGACUCUUCAUGAUCUGUAUUUUGGUACGGGGUUGCCACGGUGACUAAGGUAAGCACAGUGCAAUUGGUUUCUUUUACAUGGUGUAAUAAAACUAUAUUUAGCCUCUGUCUCUGUAUGUACAUAUCAGAUUUUACAAUAAAGAAAUGUUUAUAGCUG